AUGACCCUCCCACUAGUCCCACUCAGCCUUGCAGACAUAGUCAUCAACACAUUUCUAUACGGAAUAUUUUUCCUCCUCAACCUGGUCUCCGUUUGGUUCAUUUGCUUCCCCCUACGACGAAGAGCAGAGCGUGGACCUGGUUUCGCGGUACUCAAGAAACCCAUGCUCAUCGGAGCCCUCACUUUGUUCGUGACCGUAACCGCACACUGGGUAUGCAAUGUUUUGAGGCUAUUUCAGGCCAUGAUUUAUUUCAAGCAAGGCACUGCGCCGCUCGAAUACUACGCAGAUUUGUCGCAGAGACUAUAUCCAAUUAAAACCGGUUUGAUAAUGGCGUCUAUCUUCGCUGGAGACAUUAUGAUCAUCUAUCGUCUUUGGGUGGUUUGGAGUUGUCAAUACUACAUCAUCAUACUCCCGUCUAUCACCCUUAUCGGACUGGCAAUAUCUGGUUCAGGAAUAACAUACCAACUCAGUCAUUCCAUGAAAGGAAAGAAUAUCUUUGUGUCGUCAGCUCAGGCCUGGGUAAUCUGCGAGGGCCUUUUCACAGUUCUAACCAAUGUUUACUGUACUGGCCUUAUUGCAUGGCGUAUAUGGUAUACCAACCGCCACAGUGUGCCUCCGGGAAGGGACAAGUCCCGGCCCUCAUCUACAUCGAGGCAUUUGAUGGCAGCGAUGGUCAUUUUUAUUGAAAGUGCUCUUCUAUACAGCUCUUUCCUUCUUGUUUUUAUCGGGACUUAUGUCGGCAAGCAACACACAGAGUCCCUCAUCGCUGAUUGUCUCCCGUCCGUGGCUGGCAUCGCGUUUAGUUUCAUCAACGUCCGGGCCUAUCUGUUCAGAGUCACGUCCGCCUCCCAAUUGCCUUCAACCCUACCUUCCAUUCGCUGGCAUACCAGUCGAAGCAAUGAUAACGACGUCGACGAGGAGCUGCCUUAUCCUAAGCAGCCCCUCGCUGUCCGAAAUGUUCAUCCUACCGAGUCGUCGAACUAUUUUCCGGCGUCAGUGGAGAGCUCAAAGGUAGCAGAACACGGAACAUUGGAGGAUCGUGUUAGUGUAAAUGAUCAUGAUAGGAUAUGCAUAUAG